AUGUGGCAUCGCACCAUAGCGGCAGUCCUGGUUUUAUUGUAUCUUUGGGGGGACUCGCUGGCAGGGUUUCCGAACCAGAUCAACAUUGGCGGACUGUUCAUGCGCUCCACGGUGCAGGAGCACAGCGCCUUCAGGUUUGCUGUCCAGCUGUAUAACACCAACCAGAAUGCGACGGAGAAACCUUUCCACCUCAACUACAAUGUGGACAACCUGGAGUCCUCCAACAGCUUCUCGGUCACACACGCCUUCUGCUCCCAGUUCUCCCGAGGAGUCUACGCCAUCCUCGGCUUCUACGACAGGAAGUCCAUGAACACGCUGACCUCCUUCUGCGGGGCGCUGCACACCUCCUUCAUUACUCCCAGCUUCCCCAUUGAUGCUGACGUGCAGUUUGUCAUCCAGAUGAGGCCCGGUUUGCGAGGAGCUGUCCUCAGUCUGCUGGGCCAUUACAAGUGGGAGAAGUUUGUCUAUCUUUACGAUACUGACAGAGGUUUUGCCAUCCUCCAGGCCAUCAUGGAGUCGGCCGUAGCCAAUAACUGGCAGGUGACAGCUCGCUCGGUGGGAAACAUCGUAGACCCCACAGAGUACAGACGCAUCAUCGAGGAGAUGGACCGGCGGCAAGAGAAACGUUUUCUCAUUGACUGUGAGGUGGGCAGGAUCAACGCCAUACUGGAGCAGGUGGUGACCUCAGGAAAAAACAGCAGAGGAUACCAUUAUAUCCUUGCCAACCUGGGUUUUUCCAACAUCAGCCUGGACAGGGUCUUUUCUGGUGGAGCCAACAUCACAGGCUUCCAGAUCAUCAACCCAGAGCCCAUCGUCCAGCAGUUCCUCCAGCGCUGGGAGCGCCUAGAUGAAAGAGAAUUUCCAGAAGCCAAAAACACUCCACUGAAGUACACGUCAGCGCUGACCCACGAUGCCAUCCUCGUGAUUGUGGAGGCCUUCCGGUACCUGCGGCGCCAGCGAGUGGACGUGUCUCGCAGGGGGAGUGCGGGAGACUGCCUCGCCAACCCUGCUGUGCCCUGGAGCCAAGGCAUCGACAUAGAGAGAGCCCUCAAAAUGGUCCAAGUACAAGGUAUGACAGGAAACAUUCAGUUCGACACAUUUGGUCGACGGUCUAAUUACACAAUUGAUGUGUACGAGAUGAAAACCGGAGGCCCCAAGAAGAUCGGCUACUGGAAUGAGUACGAAAAGUUUGUUUAUAUUAUGGAUCAGCAGGUCACCAACGAGUCCUCUUCUGUGGAAAACCGAACAAUUGUGGUCACUACUAUUAUGGAAGCUCCGUAUGUGAUGUACAAGAAAAACUAUAUGCAGAUGGAUGGGAAUGACAGAUAUGAAGGCUACUGUGUCGAUUUAGCUUCUGAAAUUGCAAAACAUGUGGGGAUAAGAUAUAAGCUGUCAGUAGUCCCGGAUGGGAAGUACGGAGCCAGAGAUCCAGAGACCAAGACGUGGAACGGGAUGGUGGGUGAACUGGUUUAUGGGAGAGCUGACAUAGCCGUGGCUCCUCUAACUAUAACGUUGGUACGGGAAGAAGUGAUAGAUUUCUCUAAGCCCUUUAUGAGCUUGGGCAUCUCCAUUAUGAUUAAGAAGCCUCAAAAGUCCAAGCCUGGGGUGUUUUCCUUCCUGGACCCACUGGCCUAUGAGAUUUGGAUGUGUAUAGUUUUUGCCUAUAUCGGCGUGAGUGUGGUGCUCUUCCUGGUGAGCCGUUUCAGCCCUUACGAGUGGCAUCUGGACGAAAGUGAUGAGGCCAAAGACCCUCAGAGCCCCCCAGACCCUCCAAACGACUUUGGGAUUUUUAAUAGCCUGUGGUUCUCCCUGGGUGCCUUCAUGCAGCAAGGAUGCGAUAUCUCACCAAGAUCUUUGUCCGGCCGCAUCGUCGGAGGAGUGUGGUGGUUCUUCACCCUCAUCAUCAUCUCCUCCUACACGGCUAACCUGGCGGCCUUUCUCACCGUGGAGAGGAUGGUUUCUCCAAUUGAGGGUGCUGAGGACCUGGCCAAGCAGACAGAGAUCGCCUACGGGACGUUAGACUCAGGCUCCACUAAGGAGUUCUUUAGGCGCUCCAAAAUAGCAGUUUAUGAGAAAAUGUGGUCAUACAUGAAAUCAGCUGAACCGUCAGUGUUUGCCAAAACAACACCAGACGGGGUUGCCAGGGUACGAAAGUCGAAGGGCAAGUUCGCCUUUCUACUCGAAUCCACAAUGAACGAGUACAUAGAGCAGCGGAAACCAUGUGACACCAUGAAAGUGGGCGGCAACCUCGACUCUAAGGGCUAUGGUGUGGCCACACCUAAAGGCUCAGCAUUAGGAAAUGCUGUUAACCUGGCAGUGUUAAAACUGAAUGAGCAAGGCCUCUUGGACAAAUUGAAAAACAAAUGGUGGUACGACAAGGGAGAGUGCGGCAGCGGGGGAGGUGACUCUAAGGACAAGACAAGUGCACUGAGCCUGAGCAAUGUGGCAGGAGUCUUCUAUAUUCUGGUCGGAGGGCUUGGCCUGGCUAUGACCGUGGCUUUGAUAGAGUUUUGCUAUAAGUCACGGCAAGAAACCAAAAGACUGAAGCUGGCAAAGAAUGCUCAAAACUUUAAGCCAGCCCCUCCGGCAAACACCCAGAAUUUUGCCACGUAUCGUGAAGGCUACAACGUGUACGGGACCGAGAGUGUUAAGAUCUAA